AUGUAUUCAGUCAUGGCUUCCAGUCUGGUACGCCUUUCUCUCACUGCAGCUGCACUAUGCUCAGUCAGUAUCUCUGCGCACCCUGUCUCCGACUACUUGUAUCCCUCAAUUACCCGCAGGGAUGGCAAUGCAAAGGACAUACAACCGGCCAGUCAGGUUUCCUUGAGUUAUCAGUCUGUCGAGUCUAGCCUUAUAGAGGCAGUCGUACACGCGGACCUUCAUCUUCCCUCAGUUCUUCUCGAGGGCAUCCGGGAUUUGACCAGUGUCGCUUGCACACCAGACAGUGUUAUUAUCACUUUCACCUCUCGAGACACAUACGAAGCAAGUUAUUCCAUGUGGCCUCAUUCAGAUCUGCUGCUUGUCACGAAUCAUCUCGGCAACUGUGAUGUGGAAGCUGAACGAGGAUUCUACAGGGUCAGCUCUCUUGCAUUCAAUAAUGACACCCUCACGGUGACUGCCUCGACAGACAAGACUACUCUCCAGCAGCAAGCUAGGAAUGUGAAUAUAGCAUUCGACACUCCAGUUCCCGCUAAGAGAGAGUUCUCACGCAGCAUCAAUCUUGACUGGUCUGGCGAUCUGGUUAACACCGACGGGGUCAAGAUCCAUGUCGAUUCCGCAAGCUUCCACUCCACGGUCCGCAUCAGCGGCGUGAUCGGGUACAAUCUCGAGACGCACACUGCAUCAACUCUCCAGCUGGACACCUCCCUCGAUCUAGAUGCAACGCUCGGUCUACACGCUUCUGCCGCCGGCAAAUUCUCUCGCAACCUAUACACGUAUGUAUGGAGCCCGAUCUCCAUGCCCGGUUUGAACAUUCCCGGGAUUCUGAGGAUCGGCCCUGUUCUAGAUAUCAGUGUUGGCGCGGACUUUGCCACUACCGGUGCGGUAGAAGUCAUCAGCAAUAACACGGUGACGAACACUGGACUCGUGCACCUUGAUCUUCUCAAUGCGGCACAGAGCUCGGUAUUGGGUUUCGACCCCAAGUCGACGGCGACGGGGAGUAUCCUGGCCAAAGGCAGUGCGCAGUUGGAUCCCUUUGUUGAGGCUGGGGUUGGCAUUGGAGUGCAUGUCUUCGAGGACCUGCUCGAUCUAUCCUCGGCUGUGAAGGCUAGGGGGGCUCUGGCGAAUGCGUUCAAUGUGAAUACUGACGAGACUCAAGCUGGAGAUGGAGCGGCCUUGCGUCCAUGGCAGGAGGUGUGUGAAUAUGGCUAUUGGUACACAUGUGGUCUGAUCUUCGACGUGAUCGGGUUCGUGACGCAGUUUUACUCGUUGGAUCUCUACCACGCUGAGGUUCCGGUCUACAAUUCCUCCUGUAUCCACUUCUAG